AUGGUCGACUAUACCGAGGUCACUACACCAAAAGCCAAUGGAACGAUCGCCUUUGAUGAAGCCAAUAAGGCCGCUGCACGUCUCAUUAAGCCCAAGGCUAUUCUGUAUACCAGUGCCUUGCUGUCAUGGCUGCAGCCAUUUCAGAGUGGUUGGUCCACUUCACAAAUGAACUUAUCGCAAUACAACGAUACGGAUGAGUGUAAUGCACGUCCCGUGGCUGAGAACACGUGCCUCAUGUUUCCUGGUCACUCAAAGCUCGAGUGGACGUUUGCCGUGAAUGCCUGGAUCUUUGGUGCCAUGGUCGGAUCACUGUGCUGUGGCCACUUCAGCGACAAGUAUGGCCGCAAGAAAGCUCUCAUGGGCAACUGUAUCUUCAUGAUUGUGGGCGGUGUCGUGCAAGCGUCCGUGUCAAACAUUUGGCUUUUCUCCCUGGGCCGUCUCAUUGCCGGUAUUGCAUCGGGUACGGCCACGGCCACGAUCGGCGGCUACAUCAAUGAGCUGUCACCACCGCAUAUGCGCAACACUCUGGGUCUUGGUCUGCAGAUCUUCACUACGAUCGGUAUUUUGUUCCCGGCCAUCUGCUUCUUCUUCGCCAACACAAGCUCUGGUUGGCGUUACUUGGCUGCCUUCCCUGUCGUCUUGGCUGCUAUCUAUUUGCUGUUUGCUCCGUCAAUGUGCGUGGAAAGUCCUGCGUGGCUGCUAAACCAAGGCCGCAAGGAGGAGGCAAAGCAAGUGCUUGCUCGCCUGUAUGGUGAGGAGCACGUGCAGACUGCUCUGUCGUGGCUAGAGGUGAGCAAGAAGCCAGAGAACGUCGAGGAGGGUCUAGCUGCUCCCAAGAGAGAGUCCAUGUUUGCUUCUCGCUACCGCAUGCAGCUUCUAGGAGGCAUCAUACUGUCGUGCUCCCAGCAGCUUUCGGGCAUCAAUGCCGUGUUCUACUACUCUGGCACCAUCUUCUCGGACGCUGGUAUCUCAGACUCUCGCGUGGGUACGCUGAUCAUUGACUUUAUCAACAUCUGGCCUGCAUUUUUCACGGGUGUGCUGGCCAAUCGUUUCGGCGCUCGUAAUAUGAUUCUAUGGGGCCUGUCAGGUAUGAUGGUCAUGUCCAUCGGUAUGACGAUGGCAUUUAUCGUCGACGUGUCAGCUCUGUCGAUUGUGUUCACGGCGUUGUAUGUGAUCGUGUUCGGUGUGACGCUGGGUCCACUCGUGUGGGUGAUGACAGCUGACAUUUUCCCAGACUCGAUCCGCGCCAGUGCAUCGUCAUUUUGCAUUGGUAUCAACUGGUUAUGCAAUCUCGUUGUGGGUAUAUCGUACCCGUACAUCUCCGAUGCUCUAAACGACUACGCGUUCGUUCCGUUCGUAGUAGUGCUAGCAUUCUUUUACUUAGUGGCUUUGAAGAUGGUACCAGAGACAUCGGGCAAGUCAGCGGAGGAGAUUCAAGCUGAAUAUGAUGCGCGUCGCGUUAAAUAG